CCUCAUUUCCCUCUCUUCCAAUUCCUCAUCGCAGUCGCGCCGGUGAAGCUGGAGCACAAAUAGUCAUAUGCAAUACAACAAUAGUACCUACCAGAUGGCUUCAAAAGGAUGCGAGAUAGUCCCUCGGCUUUGCUGCCGUCACCGCCACCAUCACCACCACCGCCCACACCACCAUCACUGCCACGGCGUCCUUUCUUACUGCGCAUUCCACAACCAUUACUUUCACUGUCACUGUCACCGUCAAGGAUCCAAUAGUGUAACUCCUUCUCUUCCUCCUCAAAAUCCAGCGUCUUUCGUUCCCUUUCCUAUUGGAAACAAUUCAAAUGUGGUGGCUGCUGAGCAUAAAGCAGCCGACGGUGCUGCCGCUCAGAUUUCACAAGAGCAGGAGCAUCUGGAUCUAGAUGAGGAAGAGGAUGAGGAGCCAAUUUUUGUUCUAACUGACGAAUGGAGGGAUUUCUUUGCAAAAUCUGAAGCUCGAAGGCGACAAGAGAAGAAGAACCGGAAGAAGGGAAAGAAGUAAAGAUAGUAGAUGGAAAUGUUUUGACCAAUUUGAGAGAGAACAAAUGAUUCCUCCACGGCUGAUCAGGAAGCUUCAGAAGAGCCAUUGAUAAUUGGUCAAGAUCCUGCUGAUGACGAUGCGAUUUUUUUUCUGGGGUCAGUCAAAAGAGGAUAAACUAUUACUACAUAGAGUCGUUUGAAAAGGUAUACUGUUAAAUUUGUCUGUGAUUUUAGGAUGAAUGCUCGACUAAUUGUAUUAGUUUAUCAUUUGUAAAUCAGCACAGACCAAUCUAUUAAAGUAAUAUAAUAUUGAAUUUCAUUGUUUUAAGCUUUA